AUGAGGAAUGCCCUGCCUACGGGGGAGAAUCUAAAGAGCAGAGGGAUAAACCUUACAGCUUCAUGCCCUUUCUGUGGACAAGAGGAAUCGAGCAUUCACCUAUUCUUCCAAUAUGCUUUUGCUCGACAGGUGUGGAGCCAAACCCCGAUAGUACAUCCACCCGAGCCCUCUCAGAUCAUUAGCUUCCGAGUGGGUGUUGAGACAAUUGGAAAGAUGAAAUGCCUACCCCCAACCGGAAUCAUUGAUGGUUCUAUUGGUGCCUGGAUCUUAUGGAUCUUGUGGAAGACACGAAAUAAACUAGUGUUUGAGCAGAAAUCGAUCGCAAGCAUGGAUGUUGUUUCUCAAGCAGUCGCUUAUGCCAGAGAAUGGUGGAUCGCUCAUGAACUGUCGAUUAAGACCCCACCCAGCCAACUUAGACAAGCCACGAGAUCAGUAAGUGCCGACCUCACCCGGUGUUUUUCUGACGCCGCUUGGAACGAAGAAACGAAAACGGCGGGGCUUGGAUGGGUGUUCCUGGAUCCAAUCACGCAGGUCGAGACCAAGGGAUCAGAUACAGCCACGCAUGUCAACUCUUCUCUUAUCGCAGAGGCACUUGCGUUGAAUCGUGCUCUCCAACACGCCUCCGAUCUGGGAUACCGGAAAACUUCUUUUGCUUCAGAUUCGCAGACGCUAAUCAAAGCAACAAACUUGGAGAUCCAACACAAGGAAAUCCACGGGAUUCUACACGACAUCCUGGAAAGAUCCCUGCAGUUCGAAGAGAUAAGCUUCACCUUCGUCUCUCGUGAGAUGAAUAGGAAAGCGGAUGAGAUUGCAAAAAACGCUCUAAAUUCUUCUACUUUGUCUAUGUUUAUGCAUUUAUGUAGUCCAGCCACUGAAUUGAUUGCAACCUAUGUAACCACUGAACCGAGAAAAACUAACCCGGUUUAA